AUGCAGCGGAUUCUCAGGCCAAAGCUCGGCGCCUGUUGGCCGAGGAUAAUCAACGGGGGCCGGACCUCGAAAAGAGGCUAUGUGACCGAGGAAGAUAGCAGCAAGGCCCGGCGAUACUGUGUUGAGCAGCUGAGACAAUCCGACUAUGACUCCCAUCUCGUCCGCAAUUUCAUUCCAAAAUCCCGCCAGGAUGCCUACGAUGCCAUUCGUGCCUUCAAUCUUGAGCUCGUCCGACUCCCUGACCUUGUCACGAACCCGACCAUUGGCCAGAUGCGCAUACAGUUCUGGCGUGAUGCUGUCAACAAUACAUUCGCUGGGCGGCCUCCGAAAGAGCCGAUUAUGAUCUUGCUUCAUAAAGUGCUGUCAGAGCUCAGAGACUACCCUCCACAAGGCAGUCUCAACUCAAUCAAGUUUUGGCUGCUGCGUGUGAUAAACACAAGAGAAAAGUACAUGGACAACCGCCCGUUCCCGAGCCUUGGGGCUCUGGAGGAGUACGCCGAGAACACCUAUGCGACACUCAUGUAUUCGGUCUUGGCCGCCAUGGCAGUGCAGUCAAUGCACAUUGAUCACCUUGCAAGUCAUAUUGGCAAGGCCUGUGGCAUUGUUGCAGUUCUCAGGGGUGUUCCCGUCCUCGCAGCGCCAACCCCACCGGUCAGGUCUCCCAGUGGCAUGGACGUUGGAGCGGGCCGCAAUCCGACGCUGCUUCUACCCCUUGAUGUGAUGGCCGACGCUGGCGUCAGGGAAGAAGACGUUUACAGGCUUGGUCCGAAUGCCGAGGGCUUUCAAGAUGCGAUCUUUACUGUUGCCACCCGCGCGAAUGAUCACCUGAUUACUGCUAGAGAAAUGUUGAAGAACCUCCGCGCAGGACAGUCCGCGGGCCAUGACUACGAACAUGGCGACGAGGCCGAGCACAUGCACCCCGGAGGACAAGAGUCAGAGAUGACUAGCUUCAACAAGGACCUACGACGGAGUAUUGGUGUUCUGCUCGAAGCAAUCCCGGCUGACGACUACCUCGCACGUCUAGAGGCAGCCAAUUUCGACCCUUUUGCUGUCAAGAGUAGCUGGAAACUGCCAUGGCGACUCUGGCGGUCGUCCAAGACCCAACAGAUCUGA